CAGCUUGCUUCGGGCUUGGGAGAACAAGAUGUCUUUGAGUUUGCAGAAAGUGAUCUAUGUGUCAUCUUCACAACCAGACAGCCAAUGGUCGUGCAGCAGAAAAUAUCCUUGUGUUGCUAGGUGUGGUUUCGUAAUGUCCUUAUAAAAAUCAGCCCAAGGCUGCAUUCUUCUGCUUAGUAUUUGUAAGACCGCUCUGCAGACACUUUCUUGACCAAGGCUGGUUCACCAUGUCUUUUAUACAGCAGUUCCUACAGCAGGCUUUGUUCCUGGAUAACCAUUCUGAAUAUGCAAAUCAACAAGCCUCUGGAGGUCUUAAGGGUGCUCAAACUUAUGAUGCUCCUGCAGAUGCUUUAGCCUUAGUCAAGGCCAUCAAAGCUAAAGGUGUCGAUGAAGCAACAAUAACUGACGUUUUGACCAAAAGGAACAAUGCUCAGCGCCAGGCUAUUAAGGCAGCAUAUCUGAGCUCUGCUGGAAAGCCUCUAGAAGAAGAUUUGAAGAAGGCCCUGUCUGGGCGCUAUGAGGAGGUUGUGUUGUCUUUACUGAAAACCCCAGCUGAAUUUGAUGCUCAAAAUCUUAAACAUGCCACCAAGGGGCUGGGAACUGAUGAGGAUACUCUUAUUGAAAUCUUAGUAUCAAGAACAAACAAGGAGCUCAGAGAUAUCAAUAGGGUUUACAGAGAAUUAUACAAGAAUGAUCUGUCGAAGGAUAUAACCUCAGAUACAUCUGGAGAUUUCCAAAAAGCAUUGCUUGCACUUGCAAAGGGUGACCGCAGUGAAGAUGCCCGUGUAAACAGUGAACUUGUGGAUAAUGACGCCAGGGCCUUAUAUGAAGCAGGUGAAAAAAGAAAAGGUACAGAUGCUUCAGUGUUCAUCAGUAUCCUUACAACACGCAGUUUUCCCCACCUCCAGAAAGUUUUUCAAAAGUACACAUCAUACAGCAAACAUGAUAUGAGCAAAGCAUUGGACCUGGAAAUGAAAGGAGACAUUGAAAAUUGUCUUACUGCCAUAGUGAAAUGUGCUACGAGCAGAGCUGCCUACUUUGCAGAAAAACUUUACUUGUCAAUGAAGGGCUCUGGGACUAGGGACAAAGAAUUAAUUCGAGUUAUGGUUUCCCGUUCAGAAAUUGACAUGAAUGAAAUCAAGGCUCACUACAAGAGACUGUACGGAAAAACACUGCGUCAAGCAAUUUUGGAUGACACCAAAGGUGAUUAUGAAGCCAUUUUGUUAGCUCUGUGUGGAAGUGAUUAAACAAGGAGAAUACCAAAUACUUAGUCGUGACAGAAGACUAUGGACAUAUCUCUCAAUUUGACAUUCCAUAACAAAUGAUUUAUAUUUUCUGUUUUGUAUCAGGAAUUUAUUUUACAUAAUAGCUUUUUGCACCAAAUUACAAUUUGUCAAUACAGUCACUAUUUGUGAAAUAACAGAUGGGCAAAAUAAAGUACAUAUACAAAAAAAAAUAUUUUUUUCAUUUAGAGUUGAAAAAAAACCUCACUGCAAGAAUUCAGAGAUAAAUUACAAAUGUUCAUGGAGUAAUACUGCAUACUCGAUCUGUUCUUGGGCUGUUUUUAUUUGGGUCUUACAGUCAGAACAUGGUAGUCGUGCCUCAACUGCAAUUGCACGCCAA